AUGUGGUUUUCUUCUUCAGCCCUUGUUCUUCUGGUGUGCGUUUUGGGCGUGGAAUCUUCGGUCCACGAGUACGCCGGAGAGAGAUUCGCUACUAAAGGCAACGCCUUUGUCGUCCAUGGCGGCAGCGAGGGAAUUUACGCUUCUGCCCCUACUCAAUCGACCUCCGUCUCUGCCAACGGCGACUCAUUUAUACGCUUUGAAAAGAUUACAUUUAGGAGAAGCAAAGAAUCUGCUAACUUGAGCUCAUGGCCUGUCCAUGCCAUUGUUUUUGAGGUGGAGGAUAGAGAGACUAUUGGGGGUUCAGCCUAUGGUGGUCAAAGAGCAGUGUGUUGCACAGGGGAUCUUGCAAAACUGGGAGUUUGUACUGAAGGCGAAAUCAUACACCGCCCAUCUACUAAGAAUCCAGGUUGGCCUCAGGUAUUUGGUGUCUCAUUUGAAGCACAUGAGAAAGUUGCCACAUUGCCAUCCAAAUCCAUACAGAUUACUAAAACUGGGAUGUACAAUUUGUAUUUCAUUCAUUGCGAUCUGAAGCUGAACGAUUUGGUUGUUGAGGGGAAAACUAUAUGGAAAAACCCUACUGGGUAUUUACCUGGUAGAAUGGCACCUUUUAUGAAUUUCUAUGGGUUUAUGUCCCUUGCUUUUGUCAUACUUGGGAUCUUUUGGUUCUCACAGUAUGCAAGAUUUUGGAGACAAGUUUUCCCAUUGCAGAACUGUAUCACUCUGGUAAUAACACUGGGUAUGUUUGAGAUGGCUCUAUGGUAUUUUGAGUAUGCUGAAUUCAACGAGACCGGAGUCCGACCAACUGGGAUAACUGUAUGGGCAGUUACCUUUGGGACGGUUAAGCGUACGGUGGCACGUGUGAUACUUUUGAUGGUCUCCAUGGGCUUCGGUGUUGUAAGGCCUUCCCUUGGUGGGCUUACAUCAAAGGUGAUUUUGCUUGGACUGACCUUCUUUGUGGCAUCCGAGGUUCUUGAGAUGGUAGAAAACGUAGGUGCAGUAAGUGAUCUUUCCGGAAAGGCAAGGUUGUUCUUGGUUCUUCCUGUUGCAAUAUUGGAUGCUUUCUUCAUUCUUUGGAUAUUCACUUCCCUCUCCGCAACUUUAAAUAAGCUUCAGGCUAGGCGAAUGAUGGUUAAACUAGAUAUUUACAGGAAGUUUACCAACGCUUUGGCAGUGACUGUCGUUGUGUCUGUGGGUUGGAUAUGCUAUGAGCUAUAUUUCAAAUCAAAUGAUGUGUACAAUGAGCAGUGGCAGAAUGCAUGGAUCGUCCCUGCCUUCUGGCAAGUUUUAUCUUUCUCUCUCCUAUUUGUCAUCUGCGUUCUUUGGGCACCAUCGCAGAACUCAACAAGAUAUGCUUACUCGGGAGAUGCAAGCGAAGAGUUUGACAAGGAUGAUACGACCUUGACACUCAUAAAGCCAUCUCUAACGCCUGCCAAGGAUGUCCUUAGUGCACCAGAAGCUAGAGCAAUGCAAGGCAGCAAUGGGUUAUCAAAAGGUGAUGAUGAAGAAGACAAGAUAGAGUAA